AUGGAUCGAAUAUUUUUCUUAUUUGGAAGUCUUCUUCUUUUAACUAUUAUUGAUUUUAAUUGGGCAAUAAAACAUCAUAGAGAUCGUGGUGGUCAUAGAAAUGAGGAAGAAUCCUUACUUGAUAAACAUGAACGUGAACGAGAUAAAAAAGAUCGAAAACGUGAUGAUGAUAAAAAAGAGGAAAAUCGAAAUUUAACAUGUUAUAAAUGUGAUGGUGAUCUAUGUCGAGAUCCAUUUCGAACAGGUGAUUCUGUACCAUUAGUACAAUGUGAACAUAGUUGUUGGAAAGGUGUUUUUGCUGCAAGUGUUCGUCGAUCAUGUGGAAAUAAACGUUGUACAGUUACAUUUCAAGGAAGUUCAGCAUUAAGUAAUACAUGUUGUCAAACAUCGUUUUACGGUAAUGAGCAACAAAAACAAUCAUUACAUUCAUUUCACCGCACAUCAACAGAGUUGACUAGCAUAUUUAUUUCAAGAGAUGAAUGUAGUGAUAUAAUGGCAAAUAUGACUAAAACUUUACAUAUGAAUACACCAGAACAAACAAUAUGUGAUGUUGAUAUUGUUGAUAAUCAUCCUAAUAAAUUAUCGAAUAAAAAACAAUUAAUUGAACAAUUACAAUUACAACUUACACAUAAUCAAAUACAACGAACACAACCAAGAGAUUAUAUACGUAUAUUAGGUCAAUCGACAACACCUGCACAAUGGUAUAAAGCUCCUUCAACUGCUCGUUCUGUUUAUUUUUAUGAUCCAAAUUAUCAAAAAUAUGUACAAAAAUCAUCAAUUUCACCACGAAAAACAAAAUCUAAUUUGACUUCUCCUCAAACAAUUCGAAUUCAAGAACGUUCAAUUAAUUAUUCAAAUUUUAUUCAACGUAAUUCGUUUUCAUUGACACCACGUACAAAAUAUAUAUUAGAUUUAUAUAAAACAGCUCUUAAUUAUCAUCAACAUAAACAACGUUCAAAUCAAAAUUAUCAAUCAACAUUAUCACAUAUAUCUCCACAAAAUCUUUCAAUUGUAUCUGGAUCACAAUUAAUACCAACAUUACCACCAAUUAAUACUUCUAAAGAACAACAUGAUCAAUUAUCAAAUUCAUUCCUACAUAAUAAACAACAAUAUAAAUGA